UUUAUUUUUAAAAUAUUUUUUCCAUGGUACUUAUUUCAUCUUUCCUUCCCCUCCCCACUCCCAGAUCUAAAAAUCAUUUCCACUGGGUUAUACAAAUGUUUUCAAAUGCCUAUUUCCAUAUUCAUUUUUGCAAUAGAGCAAAAUUUUAAAACCAAAACCCCCAAUCAUAUAUACAUAUAAACGUGUUAAGUCAUUUGUUUUUCUUCUGUGUUUCUACUCCCCCAGUUUUUUCUCUCUGUGUGGAUAGCAUUCUUUCUCAUAAAUUGCUUGGGAUUGUCUUGUAUUAGCAAAGUCCAUUACAUUGUAUUGUUCCACAGUGUUUCACUUUCUGUGUAUAAUGUUCUCCUGGGUCUGCUCAUUUUACUCUGCAUAAGUUCCUGUAGGUUCUUCCAAUUCAUAUAGAAAUCCUCCAGUUCAUCAUUCCUUACAGCACAAUAGUAUUCCAUCACCAUCAUAUGCCACAAUUUUUUCAGCCAUUCCCCAAUCUGGGGACGCACCCUCAUUUUCCAAUUUUUUGCCACCACAAAGAGUUAAUGAGCAAUUUAAACACCCUGGACCAGCAUUAAAUAAUGUGUGACCUCUUCUCCUCUUAAUGCAGCUCUUGGUUGGAGGGGGCAGUAAGUGUAAAACAUUUGAGCGGUAAAGUUAAAAAUGAUUUUGAGGUGAGGAAAAGGAGGAGUGGUAUUAAAAGAGCAACAGGCAAGCUCAAACAGUUUGAAUCCUUUCAACAUGAAAAAAUCUAGCUCACAUUUGUCAAAGGGAAGGAUUCUGAGAACUUUCUACCAUCCCUAACUACCCCAUCCCCACCCCAGAUUACCAAAGGAAAUGUCACAGAGGAUUUCCACAUAGAAAUGUGAAACUGAAGUCUAAUGGGAGAGACAACAUGCAAACAACGUUGUAGAGACAAGGUAUAUCCAGGACGAGGAGAGGGAGGGUACUUUGGAGAGCUGGGAGAGGAAAAGAGAAGGGGGAGAAAUUAAAGACUUCCAAAAGUCAGUUUUGGACAGUUUUUGCGUUUAAGGUAUCUAUAGGACUUCCAGUUCCGAGGAAUGAUAAAUGUUAAAUUAAUGCUGGUGGAUGAUGCACAUUAAAAACUUUGAAAACCUUUAAGCGCUAUACAAAUGUCAAUAUUGGUUGUUGUUAUGGACAAAGAAACCGGCCCAAAGCGGCGAAGUGAUUUAUUCAGAGUUCCGCCGGCAAUGAACCGGGAGAGCUUGGGAUCAGACCAGAGUCGUGACUCCCAGCCCACAAGACAGAUAGACCUGCCCCUGCAGCAGCCAUAGAGCUGGGAGGGACCCGAAUGCCUAGAGCUCUCUAUUCUCUAUGGUUAAAAAGGUGGCGAACGGAGACCAAGGAGAUGACGCCACCCGUCCUAUGCUCCACCCCCGCCCCGCCCCCCCGGACGACUUCCGCUCGACUGGAAGGUGGAAGGAGAGUAGGAGAACAGAGAGGAGGGCACCUCGCGCUCUUGGCUGCAGAGAGCGUGAUGCGAUCGGUCAGCUACGUGCAGCGAGUAACCUUGGAGUUUAGCGGAAGCCUUUUCCCACACGCGAUUUGCCUCGGCGACGUCGACAACGAUGGGCUGAAUGAGCUGGUGGUAGGAGACACUGGUGGGAAGCUGUCAGUCUACAAGAAUGAUGACACCCGGCCAUGGAUCACCUGUUCCUGCCAAGGAAUGCUUACCUGUGUUGGGGUAGGAGACAUAUGUAACAAGGGAAAGAACCUGGUUGUGUCGGUAAGUGCCGAGGGCUGGUUUCACCUGUUUGACCUGAUGCCAGCCAAGGCUCCAGAGGCCUCUGGGCACCAUGAUGCACCGGCAGGCGAGGACCAUCGACCAGUCUUCAAGCAGCAUAUCCCUGCCAACACCAAAGUCAUGCUGAUCAGCGAUAUUGACGGGGACGGCCGUUGUGAACUCGUGGUGGGCUACACGGACCGCGUGGUGAGGGCCUUCCGAUGGGAGGAUGCUGGGGACGCUGGGGAGCAUGUGACUGGACAACUGGUUGCCCUUAAGAAAUGGCUUCUGGAGGGACAGGUAGACAAUCUGUCGGUGACUCUGGGGCCACAGGGAAACCCUGAACUGAUGGUAUCCCAGCCGGGCUGUGCUUACGCCAUUCUGCUGUGUACCUGGAAUAAGGGACCCCUGCCUGUCCCUGAGGAGAGUAAGAGAGAGACCACUGCUCUCCGGGAUGUCAUCCUGCACCAGACAUCUGGCCGGAUCCACAAUAAAAAUGUCUCUACCCACCUCAUUGGCAACAUCAGACAUGGUCGAAGCAAUGACAGUAGUGGCUCGAGUCUCUUUGCCCUCUGCACCCUUGAUGGAACUCUAAAGCUUAUGGAGGGAGCAGAUAAACUGCUAUGGUCAGUACAGGUGGACCACCAACUUUUUGCCCUAGAAAAACUGGAUGUUACAGGGAAUGGAAGUGAGGAGGUAGUGGCGUGUGCCUGGGAUGGACAGACAUACAUCAUUGAUCACAACCGAACUGUGGCUCGAUUCCAGGUUGAUGAGAAUGUCCGUGCCUUUUGUGCAGGCCUAUAUGCCUGCAAAGGAGGUCAGAACAGCCCCUGCUUAGUAUAUGUGACCUUCAACCAGAAGAUUUACAUAUACUGGGAUGUACUGCUUGAGCGAAUGGAGUCCACCAAUCUGGUGAAGGUGCUGGAGGCUGAGCCCGAGUACCGGGGCCUGCUACAGGAGCUGGGUGUGGAUCCUGAUGACCUCCCUGCAGUCCAAGCACUGAUCCAUCAGACACUUUACUAUCCGGAUGAAUCCCACCCAGAUAAUCCUUCAAGCAACCCAGAGCCUUCCUAACCAGAGAUGCCUUCCCAGGGUAUGAGGGACUUCCUUCUCCAACAUGGAGAUGAUCAGAAUAGAGUGAUGCAGAGACUUGGCACCACCAUGACAGCAGUUCAACUGUGGCCUUCCCUGGCUUCCUCACCAUCAAUUCAUUGACUGGAAAUCCUAUCCUGAAUGAUACUUUUUAUGUAGUGACUCUUGGCACAGUAUCAUUAAUGAUAAUUAGCGGAAAUGCAUCUUCUUUCUUCUAACACUUUUGCAAAGAGUGAGAUGUAUCUUAUUUAUGUUCAUCUUUAGAGCAUCUCUGAUACUUUUCUUCCCACAUAACCAAGACAGAGACUUGGAGCAGAGAGGGAAAGAGACAGCAUAUUUGUGGCAGAAAGUUUAGCUGAAAAUAGAAAAAAUAAUUUGACCUGACUCCUUACCAGAGCCAUGUUCAUAGGAUCAUAGAAGUGGAAGGGACCUCAGCGACCAUCUAGUUCUGUCCUCUCAUUCUACAGAUGAGAGAACUGACACCCAGGGAGUUGUAAAUGAUUUGCCCUCGGUCACAUGUAUUGUUAAGGUUUUUGUCAAGGUUAUAGACUUUGCCACUCUUCCUUUCUCCUCCUUCCAAAUUCUGUGAGGGGCCAUUCACCUGGAAAAUCACCACUUAAAACCUGAAGGUGGCUUUUAGAAAUUGAGCAGCACCUCAUCGUAGGAGUCUAUUAGAGUAACUUCUUAGGCCUGAUUGGGCCUGUCUGCUUUCUUCAUUUUCCUUUUGGAUUAUACUGUUCCCAUUAAUCAGCCCUAAUUAUACUAUAUAUAUCAACCAGAUGGAAUCAAAGUUCCAUUCUCUCUCCAGUUCCCUGAGGAGAGAGAAAUAAUAAUAAUAACAACAUGUGGCAUUUAUGUAGUACUUUAAGGUUUGCACAGUGUUUCAUGAGCAUUGCCUUAAUUAUUGGGCUUCUUCUAGCAAAGAUAGGGCUAAUGGUAAGAGGCAGCCAGAAAAGACUGCAUUAGAGAAACAGGGUUUAUUCCAAUGAAGAGACUUUUGGACUAGGACCUGACAAAGAGCAGCAAGAAGCAGACAGAGGAAAAGGAACAGGGAGAGACUAUGGAAGUAGAAGGCACUGGAAAAUUAGAUUGAAGGGAAUAUUCGAGACUUGAGACCAAGAAUAAGACAAGAUUGUCAUUUAAUGAGCUCUUGUCUGUUGUUUUGGAGGGUUUGGAAAGGGAGUUCUAAUCCACCUCAAUCGUGGCAAGAGAAUGGGGGGGCAGGGGAAUGAUCCCAAGAACCAAGGAGAUCCAGUUCCUACCUAACCUAGCCUGUAAGCUGGUGUCGCAUCUUUCCCUACCCUAUGAGUCAUGUUUUAGGAGAAGAAAAACAACCAUCCAGAAAGGCACUCUGGGGCCUGACUUUUUUUCAGCAGAGAAAGUGAAAGCAAGGGAGAUUCUUUUCCCAGCCAGGGAAACAUAUUAGGAUUCUGGGCAGGUGAACUCUAGGUUUAAGGAGGUCAAAAUGGAGGAUAGAAGGGAUAGAGUCCUGCCACAAUUAGAUGGAACCCCAAGGUUAAAGCUAGGGACUUCCACUCCCAUCUCUUGUGCUUAAGGAGAGAAAUAUUCCCCAGAGUAAGACCGGGCAGUCAGUCACUGAACUGUUCAAACCCUUUGCUCCAGUGUCCCCACUAUUAAGCAUAGACCCUAAGGAAGUUAAUGACAGAAAGAAAGCUCUCAUAUUAACAUACAAAAUAAUCACAUUAGCAUUCUGUGGUGGCAAAAAAAAACACCAGCAAAAAAAUUGGAAAUAAAAUGGUUGCCAAUCAAUUGGAAUUGAAAAGACUGAAUAAGUUGUAGAAUUUGAAUAUAAUUGAAUAUUGUUUGUACUAUGUGAAACAGCCAAUGUGAAACAUUUGAAUAAAGAAGAUUUGUGCGAACUGACAAAA